AUGGGUGCGGAUACGGGAUACAAAUCUCGGGCCCUCUACCCGAAUAUAUCUGAUAUGCUUUUUGGCGGACAACCACCACCACUUCCACCACCUCCGCCACCACAGCAACCGUUGGCGGAUCGAGGAGGACUGGGAUCAAGUCGAUCAUCAGAAGAUUACGAGAUGUAUAAAAUUCACCGACAAGGUCAACUAAAUAAUAAAGAGAAUAAGUCCAAAGUAAGUAAGACACAGGAUGAAGAAGAACGAACAAAGGUUUCCGUUAUUGCUAUGGAAGAUGAUGAAGAAAUGCGUCGUUUGGAACGAAAAAAACGAUCUCAAGAGGAUAUGGUGGCUGAUUUCGUGAAAAUACUCGAACAAAUGAUGAAUCCUCGUCAGGCCGUUACAUCUUUCGUCUCAGCUACUACAGGUCUUGGUGCUGUCAUUGUGGCUUUAUUAUAUCUGAAUAACAUUCCGGAAACAGCAUCAAAGGCCAAAGAACUCAUCGUCGUUCUGAUAGUUUACGGAGUAUUGCAAGUUCUUCUCGCGACAGCUUUCUUUGUGACAUGCAUGCAAACAUCAAUUGCAGUGUCUAAAGGUGUCAAGGAUGCAUUUCAAAUUGUUGUCGGCUUACUGGUAGCCCUUGUAUACGUAGCUAUUGCGCUCAUAUCACUAGUUGUCGGAAUAUUUGGAUUUUAUAAAACAAUCUGUUUGGUUAGUUAUGUGGAAUAUAUGGACCGAACUUCCACGUUCUUCUGUCCACCGCCUGUCUUCUAUACAUCACUUUGUGUUUUCAUACUUCAUAUUAUACUUAUUGUACUCAAAUGUUGUUGUUGUAAAUAA